GGGGACGUGCUCUCGAGGGGUCCAAAACGAACCAAACCCCCAGGUAUUUGUAGGCAGGCUGCCUUUCCCCCCCUCAUUGCCAUCCCCUCACCUUCCCAAAACCUCGCCCAACAUCGCGCCUCGGUUAUUGCCCAGCAACGCGAUACAAAUGCUACCAUAGCUGCUCGAUUGCCCUCCUCCACAUCGCCACCAUGUGGCUCAUCAACGUCCAGACGAUGCAACUCGAGGAGUUUAUGGUCGAUCCCCCUCGCUACGCCAUUCUGUCGCAUACCUGGGGCAGCGAGGAGGUCACAUUCGCCGACUUCAAUCACCCCGACCAACACUUGCGGCAAGGCAAGGCCGGCUGGCGCAAGAUUGAGAACGUAUGCAGGCUGUCGCGCAAGAGGGAGUAUUCCUACCGAUACGUCUGGAUCGACACCUGCUGCAUAGACAAGUCGAGCAGCGCUGAGCUUAGCGAGGCGAUCAAUUCCAUGUACGCCUGGUACGCAGGUGCAGAACUCUGCUAUGCAUACCUCGAGGACGUGCCGCCACCCCCAAUAAAGUCAUUGGUGUACGAACAGCACCUGUUCCGCCUACAUCCAUCGGUCUGGGGGUCUUGCGACUUCGGGGUUGCAUCCGCAUUUGCAGGCAGCCGCUGGUUUCAGCGGGGUUGGACGCUACAGGAGCUGGUGGCCUCUCGGCGCGUCUAUUUCUUCGGCCGGGGAUGGGGUCCCAUCGCAUCUCGCGACUACAUCUCGCAUGAGCUGAGUCUCAUAACCGGGAUUCCGAAAGCGGUCCUUGGGGGGCAGGCAAAUGCUCUUCAUUAUCCAGUCGGGGCGCGGAUCAGCUGGGCCACUGACCGAAAAACAACACGGCCCGAGGAUAUCGCGUACAGCCUGCUGGGCCUGCUGGACAUCAACAUGCCUCUUCUCUAUGGCGAGGGCUCCAGGGCCUUCCUUCGACUGCAGGAGGAGAUCCUGCGCCAGCAUGAAGAUGACACCAUCUUUCUCUGGUGCUCUCGGCCAGCUGAGCCCUGGGCUGUGAGAGGGAUGCUGGCAAAUUCGCCUUCGGACUUUGGCAACUUCCGGGAAAAGGCAUACUACUUGUGCAGAGGUAUCAAGCCCACCUCCACAGUUGAAAUGGAGAGGAUUGAGCCAAUCUCGGCCUUUUCUUCGCUGCAGAGCUCCUCCGGGGUCGACAACAGGGGAGUUUGGUUCAGAGGACAUGUUGCCAGUCUCGCACCAAAAUAUUCUACGAAUGAAACGGCCUUGCUGUACUUGAACUGCAGGUUCAACUCGGCGAACCCAGUCGGCCUGUACCUGGAGCUGCUUGGGCCAAACAGGUAUGCUCGCGCAAGGCCAAGCGAGGUAUAUGUGGCAGAUUCGGACUGGAAGGUGGAUGCUGCAUCCCGCCAUGCAAACGUCGAGGACACAACCAUUGUCAUAUACAAAACCGACAGCGCAAUCCGAAAGUUAGUAUCGAAUGAUCCUGACGCAUUCCUCGAUGACUUUUCUGGGCCGGAGAACAAAUCACACAGGUGUCAACACGGUUUCCUUUUCCGCUGCGUCGAACCCGUUUUCCCAAGCGGCAAUUGGGCGAAGCUUGUUGCUUUGUCGAUUUGUCGGGAUAUUGCGGACCUUGGGAAGGAGGAAAUCAGAUUCAACCCAGGUUAUGAGGGGAGGCCAUGGACGCCCUUUGUUGCCGCCAGUAACAAUUCGACCAACAUCACGAUGAAAUUUUGGAAUGGCAAGGAGGAGAUAGUGUUUGCGACUUACUUCCGCCGAGUAUCAACUCACAGCAAUGGUAGUCUAGGAGCAGACCCCGGAACAGCAUCCCAUCCCUCUCCACGAUCAUUCAUUGGGCUCUACUGCAACAAGGAAGACGAGACAAUGACUGUUGCCCAGGCAGAGGGGGAGGUCCCGAGUACGUUGGUAAUUACAAACAACCGUGGCUCGCAGUCCCUCUCAAUCACGGUCAAAUUGGAAGAGGUGGGACAUUUGAAACUUUGGGUGGUCGAAGCGGUGGAACUGUGAAGAGCCUCGGACGGAGUUUGCAAAUUACUACGGCGUUGGACGACUUGGUCCACGCCGUGCUUCCCUCAAAACCAACGUGCUAUCCCCCUUCCUCAAACCAUGUAUUGAACGCCCUUUUCAUGCGCCUCCUCCACCG